AUGGCGGCACCACGUCUAGCCCGGACCCUCACCUGUCCCAAUUGCCUCGGGCGGCUGCCCAUGGCCCGCCACGCACCCUCGAUAUGGUCGCCGUCGCUGUCGCCGUCGCCGCUGCAGCUGGCCCUGACCCAGGUCCGACACGCCCGCACCCUAACCAGGGCCGAGAUGGAGGAUCUGCAGGGCAUACCGGUGCGCCUGCUGCGAGACAUCAAGGGAUUCGGCAAGAAGAACUCCAUCAUCCGCGUCAAGCCCGGCCGCAUGCGCAACCAGUGGCACCACAAGGGCCUCGCCGAGUACAUGACCAAGACGCGCUUCACCGAGCUGGGCCUGACCGAGGCCGCCAUCGGCGUGCGCGACCGCUCCUUCGGCACCCAGCUGCUGGUCGAUGAGGAGCAACCGAACAAGAAGCCCGUCGCAGAGGCGUCUGCCUCCAAGAAGAAGGACAUUAUUACUAUGACGCCCGAGCAGUCCAGCGCCCUCCUGCAAUCCCAACUCCCCGCAGUCCUGACCUUCGCCCGCAAAGCCAUCGCACCGGCCGCCGAACCCGAGCCCGCGGUCCCGCGCUCCCCGUCGCUGGCCGUCAACGCCGCCCUGUCCACGCAGCCCAAGCCCGCGUCGGCGCCCGCAGCGGACGAGGCCACGGCCAUCUUCGGCUCCGUGUCGACGGUCGACAUCCUGGCGCACAUCCGCGAGGUCCUGCAGGAGGCGGACCAGACCGAGCGCCGCGUCGGCCUCGAGGCCGACGCCAUCGCCAUCGAGGGGCUCGACCUCGGCGAGGACCGCAUCAAGCGCCUGGGCCGGUUCGAGCUCGUCAUCACAACCGGCCGCGGGGUCGAGCCCGUGCGGCGGAUCGUUGAGGUCGUUGCUGAGGAGGAAUAG